AUGUCAAACCGUUCAUGGGGACUCCGAAUCCCCCCCGAGCUGCUCCUUGAGAUCUCCAAGUACACGGAUGAUCAAACCUUGGCCCGAAUGGCCCAGACGUGUACAGAGCUGAGGAACGAGUUCCAGCCGGAACUCAAGAAACGAGUCAUGGACUACGCCCUUCCGCAGAUGACCCCCCAAUGGCUGACCACUGGCUUCGUCGAUGCUGUCCUGCGACAUCUCAACAUUCCUGAACACGACCGCGAUGAAAUCACGGCCAUGUUCACCGAGAACUUCAGGCAAGCUGCGCAAGCCCUUUCGCUAGACCUCUCCGACCUGGAACGCUACCUGCCGCCCCAGCCCUUCCGCACUGCCAUCCGAACUGAUCAGCGAAAAGUCGUCGAGGCUCUGCUGCGCGUCGGUGGCGCGGAGCUCGCCAACGCCCGCGAUCACCGCGGUGAGCCAAUGCUGCAUCAAGCCGUGAACUGCGGACACCCGGGCGUAGUCCAGCUGCUCCUGCAGCACGGUGCAGACGUCAAUCUAGAGGGCGGGGACGCGGGUCGACGACCGCUGGAUCUGCGGCCACCACUAAGCGUCCGACCACACAUCUAUCAGAUCCUGCUGGACGCAGGGGGAAUGCCUACUUCUGUCGACUUCUUUGGCUUGUGGGUCCACGGAUUGCCCAACGGCGCGCAUCUCCUCCUCCAUGCCAUACGCAACGCGGCCGCAGCCGGCGAGCACUGCGAGCCCAUGUGGUGGCCGAUUUUCGUCGUCGUGGUGAGCUUCGGCCAUGCCAAGUUCAUGGAAUGCAUCUUUGAUCAGCGGCCGGAUCUGCUGAAUCUAACCCGGCUGCGAGAGACAGACGAGGAAGUGACUUUGUUCGAUGUUGCGUUGUCUUUCGGUCGGUAUGAGAUCGCAGCCCUGCUCGUCCGCAAGGGGGUCCCGCUUCGCCAGGCGCCUGAAGACUCCUGUUUCUCGGACAUGGGUGUCGAGGUCUUCGUCCCGUAUGUCGAGGUCUGGAGGACGGUUUGUUGUCGGGUUCCUGAGGAACUUCUGUCUGCUUUAUUUGAGCGGCCGGAGCUGGAGGAUUAUGCAUUCAAGGACUUGGUUCUGAGGAGGGCCCAAUCGAUGCGUGAGAUAUUGCCCGCAAAAUAA